UCUCUCAACUAAUAGCACUUGCGGAACAACAGCAGGAACAGAUAAAGUGAUGGAGAGCAGAUUGCUGUGCUGGGAACCUGAGAAAGAGCUCAGAGCACAGGCUGAUCCUGUCCUUUUGCAGAGCAGGGUCCUGGAGAGGCUGCUUACAGCUCAAGAGAGAUACACCCCAUCCCCAACUUACUUCCAGUGUGUACAAAGAGAGAUGCAUCCCUACAUGAGGAAAAUGUUGACCAGCUGGAUGCUGGAGGUCUGUGAAGAGAGGUGUGGAGAACAGGUGUUCCCCUUGGCUGUAAAUUGCUUGGACCGGUUCCUGUCUCUGGUACCUGUAGAAAAGAGGCGACUUCAGCUCCUGGGUGCAACUUGUCUUCUGCUUGCUUCGAAACUGAAAGAGACCCAAGUAAUAACCACUGAGAGCCUGUGCAUGUAUUCCGACUACUCUUUCACUGUCACAGAGCUGCGGUCAAUGGAACUGCUGGUCCUGAACAAGCUUCAGUGGGACAUAGAAGCAGUGACACCGAGAGACUUUCUUCCGUAUUUCCUGGCACUGCUGAGGCUUCCAGCAGAGAAACUGCAGCAAGUCAGGAAGCACUCAGAGACCUUCAUUGCACUGUGCACCACAGACUGUACUUUUAUUGCACUACCUCCUUCUCUGUUAUGUGCAGCUAGUUUAGUAGCUGCUGUGACUGGGCUGAGGCCGGAAAAAUUGGGGAUAGUUUAUUCUAGUUUGACAAUUACAAACUACCUUGCACAAGCCAUCCACUGUGACCCGAAUAUCCUGAGAAUGUGUCAAGAACAAAUUGAAGCAUCCCUAGAGUCCAAUCUCCAACAAGCCGAAAGAAACCAAGUACCAAUCUCCAAGACUGUGGAGGAAAUUGAACGGGCCAGUACCCCCACAGAUGUUUUAGACUUUGACUUAUAAACUGUUUAAAAUGCUUCAUUAGCCCAAAAGCUUUUAUCAUUUCUGUGCAGAUUUCUAAAAAUUACCCAAAAGCCACUUCUGUGUUAAUCACAGAUUUCCAACCACUUACUGACGCAUGUUAUUGAUAAUAUCCUUCUUGAAAUGCUAGUUGUAUGAUUUUCAUUCUGAUUAAUCAAUUUUAGUACUUUAAUUCACUGACUCUGAAUUCACUGACACUGAAUAUGUAUGGCAAUACAAAAUUCAGUUUUUUUUCCAACUUCCAUGUUUGCUUCAUCCUAGUUACAGGUCUGUGACUCAGAAGUAUAUUAAACCGACAUGGCCAGGCAACUAGCAUUUCCAGCAGGAAUUCAACAAUGUCAGGUGUGUCUCAUGACAGGUGCACAUUAAACACUACCAAUACAAUUAUAAGUGAGCUAUUAAUACACCCAAGUAUCAUUUCAGCUGUCCAAAAGUGUAAAGUCCACUGAGUGUGACAUUUUGAAUUUAAAUCAAAAACUAUGAAGCCAGAUUUUGUAAAAAUGCUUCUGCAGCCCCUUGUCACAUGAAUCUGGAGGUGAGAGAUACUGUAGUGGGCUCAAAUAAAGGGUUGGACUUAAAAAGUGAACAGUAAACAAUACUGGCAUCUUCAGGGAUUUAGCUAACUGAUCAGACAUAUGUCACUUUGCAAGUUAGACUUCAUAGAAGUGUACAUGUACAGCCCUCAAAAUUUCCACUCGCCUGCUCGCAUUUUGCAAAUGGAUUUUGAGGGCUGGCGAGUGUGGGAGUGAUCUUAGGGGAAGAGAGAGGAGAGUCACCGCCACCGCAUUGUUCAAAGCGCAGGGAAUAUAACAGCUUUCAAUUCAAUAGCUGUGUUCCCUGCCGCGUGCCGUUCCACGCGCUU